AUGAGGCUCAAGACAAACUUAGCUGUUGCCCUCUUGGUGGGAAUGGCAGCCGCCGAUGACCAGCCAGCGGGUCUUCUCAAUGCUCUCGAGAGUGUGGUUACAGCAGAGACGAGUCAAGUCCAAGGCGGAAUUCAGUCACUUCUCUCACAAGCCAAUUCUUUGAUCCAAGGCCAAUACCCCUCGACCACUAUUACCGAUUUAGCAUCAUUAACCUGGCCGACGACGGUGGUUAUCGGGUCCAAAACCUACACCAUACCAUCAACAGAGUCGAUCGAAACCUCGCUCUCGACCUCGGCCUCCCCAAGCUCUUCCUCAGCCAUUGCGUCCACGACUGAGAAUGCGAGACCAAUCCUGACAUCCACAGCAUCAAGCACAAUCUCCAACGCGGCUCCCACAUCAUCGAGUCAAACUUCACAGACGCGUGAUCCAUGGGAUAAACGAUUGGGCAUCGUCCUUGGUGUGGUCUUAGGAUCAGUUGCCGUUGCUAUCGGUGCAUUCCUCAUCUGGUUCUUGCACCGUCGUCGCAAGAAUACAGGAAGCUUCUUCAAGCAAAGACCAUCAAAUCCUUCAGACGACGAAGUCUCCUCUUGGCGCAACGACGCAGAAGCCGAGAAGUACGGCAAUUCGGGUGCACCACCAUUACUUCAACCCCCUAUGGCUGCUCAUAAUGGCUAUGCGACCAGAAGCUGGACCAACGACGAUGAUGACAUGUAUCUUGGCUAUGGUUCCAGGCCUGAUCAGCACAACGAACCCGCCGAGCUAUCAGCUGAACGAUCUGAUCGUGGGUCCAUCCGAGAGACAGCACCCAUAGAUAGAUACGCUGGAGCAAGAGAGGACCGACCACCUACUCCCUUCUCGCCAGAAUCAUUUUCUGCAAUGGCCGCCAGCCCUGUCAGUCCUAUUGAGCAAGAACCUCAACGACGUCGCAGCAGUGGCUUUUGGCCGCCUCGAGGCAGCUCAGAAGGAUACCGCAACCUUGACUCGCCUCAUGUCGCUCACCAGUCAUCACUCACGGCUCUUGCAGGCUCGGUAGCCCAAGACUACCCUCAUCCUUACUAUCAAAAUCCGUUUGCAAGCAGCGAAGAUUAUGAUGAGGAUGGAUACAAUGGCCCUUAUCGAGACCAACAAAGGCAUCUGAGUCCGACGCCUGAUAUUCCCUCGCGUAGUCCCAGACGCCAGAGCUCACCGAUGGUGUUCUAUCCGAGUUCGGACGAACUGGGCAAGUUCAACUUUGGUAUAGGAGAGGGCAGAGAGCGAAGGCCAAGUGAGCUCGGAGCAUGA